UUAUAACGUUGUUUUAAACCAACAUGCUAGCCUAUUUAUGACUUUGUUUAUGUGAAAUCGCACACAUUUUGAGAUUUACGUUAUGGUACCUAAAAAUCGCCUGACCUGCCAACGUGAGUUUCUUCAAACUCUUCACAAUUCACUAUGUCACACAGAUAACGUUAGUAGGCAGGGUAUCACGUGCAUCGCAACUGUUUUGAUGGCAUGUCACAGUUUAUCCUAUCAAAAUAUUCACUUUCAAAAUCGUAAUGCUGUGCUCAUGUUUGAUCCAGACACAUUAGUUCAGGAAUCACAACAAUCAUGUUGGACCCAGUGGAUUGCUGAAAAUCAAGAGGUUUCUGAUAGUGUACACAACACUAUAAUACUAUUGAACCAAUGGAUGACUAAAAAAACAUGGAUAUUUGUAAUCGACUUGGCACUUUCCUUUCUGUCAAAAAAAUUAACAUUAACUAACCUUAAAAAACAAACUCCUAACACUAUACACUUAUCCCGUCAUGAUUUGGCCUCUAUUUUAGGACUCACUUUAUUUGGGGUGAAAAUAUUCCCUUCAAAUGAUUUUUCAAAUUUUUUUUUUUGGUAUCACAAUAUAAUGCACCGUAUUUUUCAAGAAAAACUUAAAUUCAUAGCGAGCUACUUUGUUUAUCUUGAAAAUAUAAAAAACGGUAUUGACCCAGAUCAAUCAUUGCCGACUUGCAAGCUCCAGCAUGCGACCGAAAAAACAAAUGAGUGCACGACUGAUCAACUUGACGUUUUUCAUUAUUUGAUGCAGGAACGUGUGAGUGUAACGCGUGUUGUUGGAAUCGCAAUUGAUGAUUUCAAUGUUACAGAAAAUACGACGACUUACAAACAUUCGGCAUCUCUCAACCAAUUAUGUACAAUAUGGAGUCAAUGUGAUUUACCUCUUGUUACUUUUACGGUUCACUAUAACAAAUUUAUUCAAGAUUGUCAAGGAUCUUUACAAGCUGAUUUUGCGUCUCACAAAAUUGGAGGUGGCACACUUCGUAGUGGAUGUGCACAAGAAGAAAUUUUUUUUUUGACGCAUCCAGAAACCAUUGCUGUAUCCUUUCUUACCGAGCCAUUAUGUAAAAAUGAGGCUCUUAUUAUUAAAGGAGUCAAUCGAUAUGUUGCCCAUCAAGGUUACUCCUCACGUUUGACAUGUCUUGGGCCAGCACAUUGGCAUGAAAAACAACAAAAUUAUAUCCCUACAAGGUUCCAAAACUCUCUUGUACCUACAACAAUUGUGGCAGUUGAUGCUAUUCAUUAUAAAUCAAGAGAGGAUAGUUUUAAUCAAUUCAAAAGGUCGCAUUUUAUGCGAGACCUGCAAAAACUCUAUUCAGCUUUAGAAGCAACUAUAACCGAUAGUGAUUUGACAGAAAAACGCACUCCAUUUGCUUCUGGUCAUUGGGGAUGCGGAGUAUUUCGUGGUGACAUUGAACUGAAAUCCAUCAUUCAAUGGUUAGCCGCUUCAAGAAGUCAACGUCAACUUAUUUAUUGUAUUACUGGAUCCAACAAAAAAUUUUUGUCAGAACCAGACAUUCGCUUUCUUUCCACUGUGUAUCCUACCGUGGGAAGUUUAUUCACUGCAGUUCUCUCCAUUUUAGACAGCGUAUCAUUAACAACCACUCCACUUAUCUGGAAUUUAUUAAAAGAAAAACAUGUUCAAUUCUAAUUCUCUUUUUUGUACCCAAUAUUUCGUUGUUCAAGCAACAAUCCUAUAUCAAUGUUUUACCUUUACUGAAACUUUAAAAACUCUUGCUUUGAAUUUUUGUUGAACAAAUUCAAUAUGAUUAGUUUACACUGGA